AUGUUAUCGCAUGGUCACGUUUUUAAAACACCUGUCGAGUCAGCGCAGGAACUGGUACGAUCGGCGGAAGAGUACGAUAAAUACGUACAGGAGGAACUGUGUUGUGUGAUUGGAGGAGAUCAAAGCGAUAAUGAUGAUGCGCUCGACACAGAUUGGAACCCAAGCGAUUGUGACAUUGAGGAAGGAAGAGACGUAAAGACAGAGAACAACAAUGUCCACGAUGAGCUUACUGGACAACUGCUGAUGGAGUUUCAUGAAUGGUUAAUUGACGUGGAUGGAGGGUACAGAUCAGAAAAAUUGGCGCAGCAGUACAAAUCCCAGGUACGAAGUGUUGUUCGCCGUCUAGAACAGGAGGAAACGGCACCAAAAGAAGCCAAAAACUCAAAACCUUCAGUGUACCUGCUAGUGCGUCCGGAAAAAGAAGGGGUAAAUCUCUUGAAAAAGUGGCUGUCAUAUGCUGUGGAAAAGUAUCAGCCGGGAACUGUGAGAUCUUAUCUCAUGAGUUUACGUCUGUUCUAUAAAUUCUUAACGCAAGAAAGAAAAUCUGAGAUGUCUGAUGUGAGCGUGGAUACCUUAAAUGCACGCCGGGAUCUCAUGACUUCAUGGUCAGCGGCCCAAAAGAAAAAAGGUUUUAAAGAGGAAACUCCAAAAAUACGACGAGGAAUUAAACAAGCUCAUUUCAAGUGAACAGUUUUACAAGGUCUGCCAUGGUGAACAACGCAAAAAUGCCAUUAAAAAGCUGGCCACUUCUUCACAACAAACGAAUAAAGGCAGUGAUAUUCGAAGAAUUGUCAACGACAAGACCCAUUGUGAGGUGCGAGACUGGCUUAUAGCUCGUCUACUGAUCGAUAAUAGUGGAAGAAGCGGUGUUGCUUCAGGCAUGAAAGUCAGCGAGUUUAAGGCUGCGGUGUUUUACCCGGGCACAGACGAAGACCUUGCUCGUUACAGAAUCCUUGUAAGUGAUCACAAAACCGCCGGUGUCUAUGGCGCUGCAGUUGUUUGGGUGUACGAUGACCUCUACAACCUGAUGGACAUGUACCUUAGAACUGUACGAAGCCAAUGCGCUGCGACAGCUGCCAAGGAGGUUGAGCAGUUUCUUAUUUCAAGUUAUGGGAUGUCACUGACGUCUUCACAAGUAUCAACUUCCAUAUGGAAGGCUUUUCAGAGAGAGGGCAUCUUUACGGAGGGGCGAAUUUGUGCUACAACAAUAAGAAAGUCGCUUGCAACCGGCAUGCAUGUACAUAUGCCACAUGAGAAAGAUCAUCUCGCUGCCUUGGCUCAGCAUAAGACGCAAACGCAAGCCAGGUAUUACCGUGUGCAUGACAAAGUUAGAGAAACUGAUUUAGGUCGCAGAGCUGUUAACAAACUUGUUUCUCUUAAAACUGACAACAUUCAUGAGGCUCAUUUGGACGGAAAGGAAGAAAUCACAGGGAAACCAUGGUCGGUGGAGGAGACGGAGCAGCUAAAGCGUUUAUUUAGUGAAGACAUUGAGACUGGAGCAAUUGAAGAACCUAAAGUGACAGAAAAGUUGUUAUUAGAAGACCUUCUCAAGGAUCGUUCCAUUAAGGCGGUAGUUUUAAAGCUCAGGAGGCUGAGAAAAGAGCACAUGGAAUCAGUUGAACCCCCUAAUCAAGAAAAGGCAAGUCAUGAGAAAGUGGCCAGAUUUCUCAGCUCAGCAGCGCCACCUGCACCUCCACCCGAAGUGAAUUCGACGGCAUCUGUUUCCACUGAAUCUUCCAGGUUCUGGAGAAAGUUCUCGGAUGAGCAAGCGAGCUUUCUCUUCAGUAUUACAAGAGAUAUGAUCGAAAGUGAUGCAAUAAAGAGGGAAGUUGUCUGGCAGAGGGUGAAGGAGAAUGAAAAGUCUUUGGAACUCGAGUUGAUUACUGGGACGGAAAACGAGGAAGAGGAACGCAAAACAAAACAGCGGCUAACAGACAAAGUGAGAAAAAUGGCAAAAGACUUUAAAGGAAGACGGUAA